UAUAAUUUUAUAAAAUAUAGGCAAUAAGACAAGACAUGGCGAUAGUAAGAAUUUGUAAUACAACAGACCCCGUUGAUCUACGAGUACUCAAUGAUUAUUUAAUGAACCACAAUCUAAACCGGCUGCAUGUGAAAUCCCACCAUCCAUUGGCGUGCUUUCUACUGUGCGUCUACAGUGAAUUUGAUUGGAUGGAUCGUCAUGGAGGCUUCAAAGUUCACAACAUCAAGGCCUGGAUGCGCCAAGCUCAAUUAUCGGAAAAUGACACCGAUAUUUUAUUGAGAAAGUGCAUUGACUUAGAUCUGACGAACCCGUGUGAGCGCGCGCAACAUUUUACCGAGUGUUUUUGGACCAGCUAUCAGGACGACCAGCAGCCAUCGUUACACUCGAUCAUGCACAAGAAAGACGUCCACUAG